CGUCUUCAACAACUGGGGAAGGACCACCCACAUUUUGAGCAAAACCAACUGGAAUUUGGAAGAACGAACCAGAGUUACUUUGAUCAAAAUGAUAACAAAGAGCAUAAGCGAAUUGCAAGUGCAAGAUUUUGUGCAAGCUGGUUUAACAAGCGAGGAAGCCCAGAGAUUUGAUCAAGUUUUGAAGGAAUUAAUCCUUCAGAGGGUCGAAUGGUCUGACCCACGAGAGCUUUGGCGCGAGCUUGUGGCUCGAAGAGUGCUAAAGCCAUUUUACCCACAUUCUCUGCAUCAGCUUGUGUACUAUUCUGUAUAUGCACGUUGGGAUGCCUCCACCAAAGGUCCACCCCUCUAUUGGUUCCCUUCUCUAUGGCACGCAAAACAGACAAAUUUGGGACGGAUAAUGGAAAUCUAUGGCCCAAAGCUUUUGGGAGCAGCGUACAAAGAUCCUAUAACUAGUUUUAAUCUCUUUCAGAAAUUUUCAGUAGAGCACCCUGAGGUAUACUGGUCCAUUAUUCUGAAGGAGAUCUCAGUAUCAUUUAUUGAGGCCCCAAAGUGUAUCUUAGAUGCUUCUGACAAAUCGAAACAUGGUGGAACUUGGCUUCCAGGUUCAGUCUUGAAUAUUGCAGAGUGUUGUUUGCUACCUAGGAUUCAUCCAAAGAAAGAAGAUGGCAGUUUGGCCAUUGUAUGGAGAGAUGAAGGGUUUGAUGAUUCUAAAGUUAAUCAGAUGACACUAAAAGAGCUUCGAGAACGAGUAAUGAUGGUAGCAAAAGUGAUAGCUGCUGAAUUCUCAAAGGGUGAUGCAAUUGCAAUUGACAUGCAAAUGACAGUCACUGCUGUUAUAAUAUACUUGGCCAUUAUUGUAGCCGGAUGUGUUGUGGUAUCAAUAGCUGAUAGCUUUGCACCAAAGGAAAUUGCAGUUCGCCUGCGUGUCUCUAAAGCAAACUGUAUCUUUACACAGGAUUUCAUAUCAAGAGGUGGCCGAAAAUUCCCUUUGUACAGUCGCGUCAUUGAGGCGGCAGCUUGUAAAGUUAUUGUACUUCCAGUGUUAGGUGAUGAUAUAGGAGUGCAAUUGAGGGAACAGGAUCAGUCAUGGAAAGAUUUUCUCUCUUCUGGUAGUCAGCAUCCCAGAUCAAAUUAUUACUCUCCAGUUCCAGUCUAUCAAUCAAUCGAGUCUGUCACUAACAUACUCUUCUCAUCAGGAACCACUGGUGAACCAAAAGCUAUUCCAUGGACUCAGCUCUCACCUAUUCGAAGUGUUGCUGAUGCAUGGGCUCUCAUUGAUGUUCAAGUUGGGGAUACUUUCUGCUGGCCCACAAAUUUAGGGUGGGUAAUGGGACCAACUCUAAUCUAUACAUGCUUUCUGUCUGGGGCAACUCUUGCUCUUUACCAUGGAUCUCCUCUAGGUCAUGGUUUUGGAAAAUUUGUUCAGGAUGCUGGUGUUACUAUUUUGGGAACAGUUCCCAGCUUGGUAAAAACUUGGAAGAAUACAAAUUGUAUGGAAGGCUUAGAUUGGACAAAGAUAAGAACAUUUUGUUCCACCGGAGAAACUUCAAAUGUUGAUGAUGACCUUUGGCUUUCUUCAAAGUCCUAUUAUAAUCCAAUCAUUGAAUGUUGUGGUGGAACGGAGCUUGCUUCUAGUUACAUCCUUGGAAGCCAACUUCAGCCUCAAGCUUUUGGGGCAUUUAGCACAGCAUCAAUGACGACUGGCUUUGUCAUCCUAAAUGAGAGUGGAGUGCCUUACCCAGAUGAUGUUGCUUGUGCUGGGGAAGUGGGUCUUUUCCCUCAGUAUUUUGGAGCAACGGAUACAUUGCUUAAUGCUGAUCAUGAGGAGGUUUACUUUAAGGGGAUGCCCAUUUACAAAGGGAAGCGGCUUAGGAGACAUGGAGAUAUAAUCAAGAGAUCUGUUGGAGGCUAUAUCAUUGUAGAAGGAAGGGCUGAUGACACCAUGAAUCUUGGUGGUAUAAAGACAAGUUCGGUGGAAAUUGAGCGUGUCUGUGACCGAGCUGAUGAAUGCAUUUUAGAGACAGCUGCCAUCAGUGUCGCGCCGGCAAUCGGUGGUCCGGAACAACUGGUUAUAUUUGUGGUUUUAAAGAAAGGAUGCAACUCUGAUGCAGAAACCUUGAAGAUGAAGUUCUCUAAAGCCAUUCAAAGGAAUCUUAAUCCUUUGUUUAAGGUAAGUCUUGUUAGAAUCGUCCAAGAGUUCCCUCGAACAGCUUCCAACAAAUUACUAAGGAGAGUUCUGAGGGAUCAAAUGAAGCGUGAGCUAUCAAUUCAAAGUAGGCUCUAAGAACCUUUUUAAUUCUCAUGCAAAGCCAUUCCGUGGUUAUAGUGUUUCUAUGGUAGUAAUGGAAUAAUGAAUUUAUGUUGUUAUACAAUUUGGUCCAAUGAGGCUCUCAAGUCUUUGGAUGAGUUAUUUCUCAUAUAAACAUGUGAUUAAUCACAUGUUAGUUAUUUAGUUUAACUUCUAACGGACAUGGUAAUGUGUUUGAAUAUUCAUUUUUAUUGUUUUUCAAAGAGAUCAGGAUUGCUUUA